CUAACAGAGUGUUGUAAUGUAUGCCAAUUUCUUUUCCAGCUGGAAAACUCAUCUUCAAAUCUCCUACCCGAUUCAAAGCCUCUCUCAUCGUCAUCGUCUUCCAUAUGGCCGUGGAUGCGUUCUCUGUGUCUCAUGUUUUCCAAGUGACACUUGACAGACUGGUGUCCAGGGAGUUUAUGUAUCUUUCACGUCGGCACGGGGUAGCUUUACAGCUGGAAAAGUUGAAAACAAAUUUGUUGCAGAUUCAAGAAGCCAUCGACUAUGUAAUGAGACAUCGACACUACCACGAGGCAGCAACUGUGAAAUUGUGGCUGGACGAGUUACUGGACUUGGCUUAUGAUGUGGAUGACAUAGUGGAUGGAUUUGCAACUGAUAUGUUCGGGCAUGAGCUGAUGGCCCAACAUUAUUUUAGCAUUAGCAAGGUGCGUAACCUUAUCCCUGCUUGUUUUACUCCAAAUAUCAGCAUGGCGUCCAAGAUAGAAGAUAUCAAUCGCCAUUUUAGAAAAUUUUUUGCCCCAAUUCCUAUAGAGACAUCAAUAGCUGUACAGAAAAUACCACCCCCGAUGUGGUCACCUACAAAAUCUGGUUUUUACGGGCGAGAUGAGGAUAAAGCCAAGAUACUUGAAAUGGUGUUAAGUGACGAAUCAAGUUAUAUAAGCAUUGUUGGAAUGGGAGGGAUUGGCAAAACAAGGAUAGUCCAGGAGGUCUACAACGACAAGGCUGUGGAAGGUUUCAGCAAAGCAUGGGUAGAUGUCCAUUAUGACACCGAUAUUCCACGAAUUCACAAUCAUCUUCUCCGGCGGACCACUUUACCAUUUCAAAAAUCAGUAGAAUAUCUAAUUGAACAGGCAAUAGCUACAAUUGGAAAAAAAUUCUUGUUUGUCUUGGAUGACGUUUGGAUUGAGAAUGAUAUCGGUUGGGAACUCCUCGGGACAACUUUUCUGGAUGCAGCUGCAGGAAGUAAAAUAAUUGUGACUUCACGUAAUGUCGCUGUUGUAACUACACAUCCGAGUAAAUGUUAUAACUUGAAUCUCCUAACAAAAGAUGCCUUCUGGGCUAUAUUUGAGGAGCAUGCAUUUGAGAUUGGGGGCAGUAAUCCACAAGGAACUUCACCCCUAAUUCGAGAGAAAGUUGUUGAAAAGAUCCGAGGCUUGCCUCUGGCUGCAAGGACUCUUGGUGACAUGUUACGCUCUAAGCACAUAAAUGAGUGGGAAAACAUUUUGAAUGAAAAAACAUUCAGUUUUUCGUAUGAAUCAACAUUCAAUUUUUCAUAUGAAUCAGAAAUUUUCCGUGUGUUAGAAACAAGUUACACGAAUCUUCCUUCUUAUCUAAAAGGGUGUUUUGCUUAUUGUGCAAUUUUAAAUGAGGAUUAUGAAUUUGAGGAGAAGGAACUUGUACUUUUAUGGGCUGCAGAUGGUAUGAUCCUUCUACCAUCUGUAGGCCAAAAAACAUUGAAAGAUGUGGGUGUUAAAUAUUUUCAAGCUUUACUAGAAUGGUCAAUUUUUCAACCAUCAAGCAGUAAUACUUCCAAGUUUAGAAUGCAUGGUUUUUUAAUUAGUUUGGCCCGGAGGAUUUUGGGGAAAAGAAGUUUUCAGUUGGGAGAGGAUUUUAUAAUUUCAAAAAGAUUUGAUAAGAUUCGCUAUUUUUCUUACAUUAGUGAUAAUUACGAUCGAAUAGAAAAAUUUGAAGUUCUCCAUAGAAUGACGCACUUAAGGACUUUUCUGCCAACUGCUAGAGGUGACAAUACUCUAUACUUGAGUAACAUGGUUCUUUUUUAUUUGCUACCAAAGUUGAAAACAUUGAGGGCAUUAUCUUUGGAAAAUUAUUAUAUCACCAUGUUACCAAAUUCAAUUGGAGAUUUGAAACUCUUAAGGUAUCUCAACCUAUCUAAUACUGAGAUCAGAAGUAUACCUGAAUCAACAAGUUUAUUGUUUAACUUGCAAUGUUUGAUAUUAAAACAUUGUGCCCGACUUAUCAGGUUGCCUUCUAAUGUAGGAAGUUUGAUCAAUCUCUAUUACCUUGACAUUACAAGAGUGAAGUUAGUAGAGAUGCCUUUGGGAAUGGAAAAUUUGAAACGCCUUCAUGUGUUAUCUAAUUUUGUUGUGGGCAAAAACAAGGGAUCUUCUAUAAAAGUUUUGAAAAAUUUAAAAUGUCUCUUUGGAGAACUUUGCAUUUCAAGAUUGGAGAAUGUAAUUAUGGAUUUCCGAGGAUAUAUUUUAGCUGACAACAAAGAUCUAGAAGUUUUGGUAUUAGAAUGGGGAUCUCAACUUGAUGAUUCACGAGACAAGGCAAAAGAAAAAGAAGUACUUGACUUGCUUCAACCCCACACAAAUCUAAGAAAACUUACAAUCAAAUGUUAUGGUGGUCUGGUAUUUCCAUCUUGGGUAGGAGAUCCAUCAUACUCCAACAUGGUGGUCCUAAGAUUGGAAAAUUGUGAAAAAUGCACUAUGUUGCCCUCACUUGGGCAAUUAAGCAUGCUUAAAGCACUCACCAUCAAAGGCAUGGUGGGAAUAAAAAGGAUUGGUUUGGAAAUUUAUGGGGAAAAUUGCUCGAGACCUUUUCCAUCUUUAGAGACUAUUUGUUUCGAAGAUUUGCAAGAAUGGGAGUAUUGGGACCUUAUCAAAGAAAAUGAGCGUGUCAACAGUUUUCCUUGCUUGCAAGAGCUUUCCAUCUUAGAUUGCCCAAAUCUCUGUGGUCAGUUACCUGACCAUGUUUCUUCAUUGGAGAAACUUGUGAUUUGUGAGUGCAAGCGAUUGGUUGUUUCAUUCAACUAUCUUCCUUCGUUGAAAAAACUUUUUAUUCAUGAAUGUCAACAGUUGGUAGUUUCAAUCUCAAGCUUUCCUGUGCUCUGUGAACUAGAAGUAGUUGGAUGUGAAAGAAUGGUGUGUCAUAGUCCAUUUGACUUUAAGUCACUAAAGUCUAUGACUCUUUCAUAUAUUUCAGAAACUAGUAACUGGUUUCUUCAAGAGUUUGAGAAAGUUGAACAACUUAAGAUUGUCAAUUGUGAAGAGCUUAUAGAUCCGUGGCUGAAUAGAAUUUGUUUUCAGAAUCUAGCAGAAAGGAUGCAUAGCUUCACUUCCCUUAGAGAACUAUGUAUUGAAAAUUGUAACAGACUUGUUUCAUUUUCAGAAGCAAGUUUUCUUUCUGUUUUGAGAGUACUUAAGAUUAAAAAUUGUAGUGCUCUAAAAUUUGUUUAUGAGGGAUUGAAGAAUGAUGAUGGACAAGUGGAAAUCUUGCAAAUUGAGGAUUGUCAUUCUCUAACGUUUCUUACAAGAGGUUACCUACCUCCAUUCCUAAAACAGCUCUCCCUAAAAAAUUGUAAGAAAUUUCAGGGGUUGUUGGAUGAUAAAAAGGACACUUGCUCUUCUUCCACUACAUUGGUGCAUGAUGAGGAUGUUACAAAUGCCAGUGCAAAUCUUCUUGAGUAUUUGUAUAUCUCCCAAUGCCCAUCUCUCACUUUUUUAUCACCAAAGGACCAGUUAUUUGUCGUUCUAAAACACCUUGAUAUUCGAGAAUGCUUAGAACUCAGAACUUUAUUAUUGCAAGGCCAGUUACCCACAACACUCGAACACCUGGAGAUUUCAGGUUGCUUAGAGCUUACCAGGUUGUCAACUAAAGGUCUGUUACCCAAGGCACUUAAACACCUGGACAUUGCUGAUUGUCCGAAGCUAAAGUCCAUAGCAAAGAGUUUCAAUAAAGGUAUGUCUGUUGGGUUUAUCCAGAUCAAGAACUGUAAAAAUCUUGAAUUUAUACCUGAGGGCAUACAUAAUCUGAAUAGUCUCCAUACAAUGUAUUUACAAGAUUGUCCUAGUCUUGUCUCCUUUCCUUUAGAAGGCUUUCCCAACACCAACUCAACUGUGUUAUCAAUUGAGAGGUGUAAGAAACUUAAAGCUUUACCCAGCGGGCUGCACAACCUCCACUGUCUUCGACAAUUAGUAAUAUGGCAAUGUCCAAGUAUUAUGUCCAUUCCCAAGGAAGGCUUUCCUACCAACCUAACCUCACUUUCAAUUGCUGAUCUCAAUCUGUAUACUUCGCUGUUUGAGUGGGGUCUGCAUAAUCUCACAAGUCUAAGAAGCCUUGAGAUUAGGGGAUGCCUAGAUGCAAUUUGUUUCCCGAUAGAGGAAAUGAGUAUGGUGCUUCCAACCUCUCUAACUCAACUGGCCAUUAGAUGUUUCCCAAAAUUGAAAUAUCUAUCAUCUAGGGGUUUUGAGACCCUUAGUUCUCUGGAAGAGCUUUCCAUUAGUGACUGCCCGAUGUUGUCAUCCUUUCCUAAAAGUUUGCCGCCCUCACUUCUGCAAUUGUAUAUUUCUAAUUGUCCUACUCUGAAAAAGCACUGCCGAAGGAAUAAAGGACAAGAGUGGUCUAAGAUUGCUGACAUUCCUCGUGUCAGAAUAGAUUACGAAUUUAUCUACGACACAUGGUAAGAAAAUUAUCUCUCUGGUAUGUUAGUUUUUUACACAUAAAUGAUAUAGCACUUAAUUAGCAAUAAAUGACACAAAUUUUUAUGAUAACAGAGUUUUGCUUCUGUCAUAUAUGCUGGAAAAAAGUUCAACUCCCUAAUGCAAUCUAUCAACACUGAUGGUUUGAGAAGCUGGGUUCCAAUAUAAUGAACUGUCUGGAUAGGAUGCCAAACACAUUGGGGGUCAGUACAUAGCAGUACCAGUUCACAGGCAUUGCUGCAUGGCAUUGCUUUCAUCUCUGUUCUGGAAGUUAUUCUCCCAGGCAUUGCUUUCAUCUCUGUUUCAGAAGAUUUCCCUUACAUCUAUUACUUCAUCUUUUUGGUGGCCUCACUUAAGGUGUAAAACUUUUAAUUCUUCAGCUGGAUUGCAUCAGUUCUUUUUGAAAUGAGGUGUCUGAAAGAAAGCUCCUUGAUCCUGGAGGGACUCUAUGGAGUGAGUAGAAGCAAUUACAAUGACGGCAGAGUAGCAUGUUCGGGGAAAAUAGCAUGGCAAUAUUAUGGAUACAAGCAUUAUUACCUUCUUCUGGUGGAACAUCCAUCUGAUUCAUCUUGCUUUUUACUUGGGGAUGAAUAUCUGAGCUUCUGGAGCCUGCUUGUUUGUGUGCCCCCAGUAAAAUAUCAGUUCCCCUGCCAUCCAUUGGAGCACCAGAUGUUGUGUAGAUAUUUGGAGUCGAAUCAGUAAAACAAGCAGAGAUAAAGCUAUGCACCUUGCUAAUGCCAAAAUAAGGCUUGGCCAGCAGUUCACACCCUAAAUCACCUGUUGCAAGCUCAUCCGGUACAUCAUCCACAUCAUAAGCCAAGUCCAGUAAAUCGACCAGCCACAAUUUUAGAGCUUCUUUGGGUUGCUGCUUCUCUACAUCAAUGAGGACUGCUUUACUGUGCCUCAAAUUUGAUGCUGACUCAUCCAGCACAUGAUCUAGAUUGGACGCAUCCAUGAAACACAUGAACUGCCAUCUGUCAAAGUAUCACUCCCAAAACAGGAGAUUGGAAAGAUGAUGAGAUGGGACAGCUUCUGAAACAGGAGAUUUGAAGACUGAGAUUUACCAGCUGGAAAUUGGAAUCAUAUACACUCUUCUGCGACUGAUGCUCUGCAAAUUUGGUAGAUGUUGCAGUUCAAGAAAUUGUAGUUGUGUAAAUGGGAAUAGAUUCCCAGUCAUCUUUGGAAAUUCACCCAACUUCCUUGCAUUGAUUUUUUCUUCCAUGCCGUUAUGUAAGGUCCUUCAAUCUUGAGCUGAGCAGAGCUUAUAUUGAAGAAGGUCUUCAUGCUCUUUGUACUCUUCUUAUACAGUCAAUAUUCAAUUUUUCCAAAUAUUUACAAUUCAUAAUU